UCCCUUCCCUCACUCUCUUUCUCCCUCUCUCUUUCUCUAGUUCUAGAGUGUCUAAGUAUUCUCCUUUUCUGCUCUCAUUUACCACCUAGAGACAUUGUAAUACACUGUUCCAAGGCAAUACUACAGCAACUGGUUUGGGGAAAAAGAAACUUCCAUUUGCAGCAAAGAACUGAGUGCAGAGAACUCCAGAGCCACAACACUCCUAAAAUCACUGUAAAACUGUGCAUAUCAAGACACCUGUGCCUUUCCUGUAAGAAGUAUGGAACUCCAGAAGCUAAAUGGUACCCAUCACCAUGACUUUCACCCUCUGGAAGAAGGGGAUUGUAACUCAUGGUUUGAACCCGAACAAGAGGAGUUCCUGCCCCACAAGAGUGAUGGAGAAAAAAAAUCCCAGUUUACAGAUUUUGAAGGCAAGACCUCUUUUGGAAUGUCUGUUUUCAACCUCAGCAAUGCCAUCAUGGGUAGUGGGAUUUUGGGACUGUCAUAUGCCAUGUCCAACACUGGCGUCAUCCUCUUUGUGAUCUUGUUGACUUGCAUUGCUGUCCUGUCGUCUUACUCUGUUCACCUGCUUCUGAAAAGUGCUGGAGUUGUGGGUAUUCGUGCAUAUGAGCAACUUGGGAUGCGUGCCUUUGGUCAGCCUGGGAAGCUGUUAGCUGCUAUGGUAAUCACCAUGCACAACAUUGGGGCCAUGUCCAGCUACCUAUUCAUUGUGAAGUAUGAGCUCCCCCUGGUUAUCCAAACCUUUCUGGGAAAGCAUUCCAACACUGGGGAAUGGUUCUUGAAUGGCAACAACCUCAUUAUCAUUGUCAGCAUCUGCAUCAUCCUUCCCCUUGCCCUGAUGAAACAACUGGGGUAUCUUGGCUACACCAGUGGUUUCUCUCUGAGCUGCAUGGUAUUUUUCCUGUGCUCGGUCAUUUACAAGAAGUACAACAUCCCUUGUCCCUUUGAGACCUUCAAUAGUAACAGCUCCUACAUAAAUGACACCGUUGAAGAGGAUUGUGAAGGGAAGCUUCUCACUAUCAAUCAGCAGACUGCCUACACAGUUCCCAUCCUGGCGUUUGCCUUUGUGUGCCACCCCGAGGUGCUGCCCAUCUACACUGAGCUGCACAAUGCUACCAAAAGACGCAUGCAGUCUGUUGCAAAUGUGUCCAUUUUGGGCAUGUUUGUCAUGUACCUUCUCACUGCAAUCUUUGGCUACCUCACCUUCUAUGGAAAUGUGGAGGCCGAGCUGCUUCAUACGUACAGCAAGGUGGAUCCCAUGGACACACUGAUCCUGUGUGUGCGACUGGCUGUUCUGGUGGCUGUCACGCUCACUGUGCCUGUUGUGCUGUUCCCGAUCCGCAGGGCUCUUCUGCAACUUCUUUUCCCAGAGAAGCCCUUCCACUGGGCCCGCCACAUCGGCAUCGCCGUCUGCCUGCUCUUUGUCGUCAACCUGCUGGUCAUUCUCGUUCCCAACAUCCGAGACAUCUUCGGCAUCAUCGGGGCCACAUCUGCACCCAGCCUGAUCUUCAUCCUGCCCGGCCUGUUCUACAUCCGCAUCGUUCCCACAGAACAGGAGCCCAUGAACUCCAGACCAAAAAUCCAGGCUGCCUGUUUCACUGCUAUGGGCUUCAUCUUCAUGACCAUGAGUCUGACCUUCAUUGCCCUUGACUGGAUCACGGGAGAGAAGAGGAGUGGCGGUGGACACUAGUACCACCCCCUGUCCAAGAGAGGUCUCGACGCCUGUCCCGGGGUCACCCUGUGGCCACCCCUGACCCCCCGAUUCAGGUCGGUCGGCCCAGUCAGGCGAGCGGAGUCAGCCACAGCGGACAGGCCGGACCCCCCUUCCCUCUGACCACGUCUUUACCUCCCUGUGUUGCGGUAAAAACCGUGUUUCCCGCCACCACCUUUGAAAAAAAAAAUGAAAAAAACAACGAAUGCUAAUGUCUGUUAACUAUGAAUUUUCAUGGUAGCCAUGAUAGUCGCAGAGGAAGUGGAAGUGUGAGGUCACGUCCCCGCGCCAGCAGUUUGGGGAGACGUCUCAAUUGUUUCAGAGAUGAUGACCGUUUUUUCAAAAUAAAAUAUGAUUUUAAAAAAGCUCAAAUAAAAACGACCCAGUAUAUGCCUGAGACAGGCCAAGCAAAAUGGUCCAAGACAAAGAGGAUGCCAGAAUAGGAGAAGAAAAAAGAAAGAAAAAAUAAUAAAUAGAGAGGUAUAAAUAAAUGUGGAAAGGCUAAAUUUAUCCCUUUGGGUGGGACCUGGAAUGUCCAAAUGCUGUGCUCUUUCUCUUGCAUCAGCGCUGCCAACACUACCUUUUUUUUCUCCUGCUUGUUUGUUUUACUCUCACCAUGGAAUCUUGGGCUUGACACAGCGCUGCAAUGCUGUGAAACAAGAUGUGGGAAUAGGAAAGUAAACACCUCAAAUCACUGUGUUUUUUUUUGGUCAGAAAAUCACAAUGCUGCUAGACCUGCAAUAACGGUGUACGUCUGAAUGGACAUUGAAAUGAUUAUGUAGUCUGGUUCAACCCUUUAUCUUGUUUCCGCUGUUCCAGUGCAUUAGAUUAGAUUCGUCAGGCUCUCAGUUGUGAGUCCAACGGCAACAAAUGCAACAUGCUGCACAUCCCCCCAAAUCCCUCAAAGAUAUGAUCAUUUUAAUUGUUAGCUGUCGAGAUAUAUCAGAUCAACUGAUGCUACUGUGAAAAACUGUGCUGGAAAAUAAUUUAAAAGAUGUAACCAAAAGAGACAUUUGAUAUAAUUAGCAGUAAUUUAUUUAUGUCCAAUAUAGACCAGUUAAAAUGAGGAAACAUUGUUGUGCUUCAAUGUGAAAUGUUUUGUGUGGGGUAAGAGAUGAGGUACCAACAUUUCUGUUUUUAGAUUUUUUUAAGGAGGAUUUAUGUUCCUAUGUUUCUAUGCAGCUAUACACUACAUUUACCUUGCUGAAUCAUACGCUGCUUUGAUCUGUACUUUCUGGCAACAGGUUGUUAAUGGAUGACUUGUGAGAGCUGUUGUUCUGGAGAAGAAGUUAAUAGUAGAGUGCUUUUUCAGGAGCAAUAUUUUAGUUGAAACUCUAAACUAUCUGCCACAGCAGUGACAUAUCAACCACGUGUCAUAGAAGAUGUUGUAUCCUGUCUUUUGUCAUUAUGAUAUCCAAUGACAGGGCUGUCAUGUUCCUAUUAUCAGUAAUCAAUAUGGCUGUUCUCAGAAUUUCAGAUGCCAUUGUCACACGCUUAAAUAUGCUGUCAUGGCAUGGCAUUAUAUAUUUUGAUAGUUGUCAUUACUGAUACUAAUAAUAGAACACUGUUAGAUGGAUACAUACUUUCAUGACGGUAAUGAUAGAAUAUGUCAUGUGCUAGACAUAUUUAUGAUAAUGUGAUUAUAUCAAUGUUAUGAUUGUGGGUUCAAUUAUAUUGUUAAUGUAUUUUUCAACAUCUGGUUGGUACAGUACAUUCAUUGGAAAUGACUUUGCAUACUUACCUCAAGGCCUGUAUGUAUACUAAGCCAAUUGACAAUCACCAAUCAGCAUAGAUGACACAAAGAGAAAGGGGAGGAGGGCUAUUAAACCAUUUUGUCAUAGACAUUUUAUAGACUUUAUGAAAUGAUGUGAGUAUUUAAAAAAAUGUGUUUAACCAUGCAAUUCAGAGGAACAAGUUACACUACAUCAGCUGAAGCUUUAUUAUGAAGUGAUGAAGUGAAGCUAAUAUGCUUACUGGCGUAUCAUGUUGUGUGUUCAUCUUAAUUUCUUCCACAUGUGUUCCUAUGUGAUGGCUGGCUAUGACUCAACAGUAGAAAGAGCUGACCAGUCGCUUGUCCAGUCUGGGGCUCUGUACUGUUGGUCACUGAGACCGUGAGACUCGAUUUGUUUCAUCAUGAGCCUCAAUUUUGUUUCAAUAAAGGUGAUUGGUCAUCAA